GGUCACUAUGCGCCCGGGGGACAUUUUGUUGUAGCCAAGUGUAGUCCGUGUCCUGUGCUGCAGCUGCAAUGUCAGCGCCCUGAGAGCGGAUAUAGCGGUCUGACUCUGCAGUGCCAUAACGAGGACUCGGAGGAGACUAGGCACAGGCAGGAGCACCAGCGCAGCGCAGAAGGAUGGCCCUGUUAGACAGAGCAGUGAGAAUUCUAAUUUCCCAGUCCUGGCAGGCUGCCCACAAACAGACCUUCAGCCUCUCUGCAUCAGUUGGAGCAAUCCAGAAGUUGACGCGACUUCGAGUGGUGGAUAACAGUGCACUGGGGAAUACACCGUAUCACAAGCCCCCUCGCUGUAUCCAUGUCUAUAACAAGUCGGGUGUAGGGAAGGUCGGAGAUGAAGUCCUCUUGGCCAUCAAGGGGCAGAAAAAGAAAGCUCUUAUAGUGGGCCACAAGAUGCCGGGGCCCAACAUGACUCCACGAUUUGACUCCAACAAUGUGGUACUAAUAGAGGACAAUGGGAACCCAGUAGGAACCAGAAUAAAGACCCCUAUUUCAUCCAGCCUGAGAAAGGCAGGGGGCAAAUAUUCCAAGGUGAUUGCCAUUGCACAGACAUUGGUAUGAGGGUGACCUGUAGGUAUCCGUUCUCUUCAAUAAAACUUGUAUAAAUCUA